CAAAGGAGGAGGGACACAGCCGCAGCCCUCCUUAAUCCCCACAACUCUUCCCUGCGGAGGGGCAGGAUGGGGCCCGCAGGCCGGGAGCAGAGGAUGGAGCCCAGGCACCGCUCCGGAGGUAACCGUGAUCCCGACCUGCGCCAGGGUUAAGAUCCAGGACGGGGCUGGAGAACAAUAGUGGAGUGGAAAACAAUGGAGCUGCUGCACCUUGGAGCGUAGGGAUGCCGGACGGAAUUCCAGCUUCAACAUAACCCCUUGGGCCAGAGCCGCAGCAGCGUCAGGUUGUGGGAGCAUCCGUGGAGCCAAAGGAUCUGCCAGGACGGGCUCCCAUGAAAGAAGAGCAGGAGGAUGGAUUACGGAGGCUGCGAGUACCCGGUUCCCUGCGGGAAGGACAAGUACAUCUCCAAAAAUGAGCUGCUUUUACACUUGAAGACAUACAACAUCUACUAUGAAGGACAAAACCUGCAGCUGCGGCACCGAGAGGAGGAAGGUGAGCUCAUCGUAGAGGGGCUGCUGAACAUCUCCUGGGGCUUGCGGAGACCCAUCCGCCUGCAGAUGCAGGAUGACAACCAGCGCAUCCGCCCUCCACCAUCCUCUUCCUCCUGGCACUCGGGAUGCAACCUGGGAGCACAUGGGUCCAUGCUGAAGCCCAGCACCUUGCCAGACAUCCAGGUCACGGAUGCAGAGGCUGUGCCAAACACAGAGGCUCCCCGCAGCUGUGCAGGCACCAAACCCCAAGCGGAGGAGACGCCGCAGCUGAUGCGGACACGGAGCGAUGUUGGGGUCCGGCACCGGGGCAGCACCCGCACCCCCGGUGAGCAGCGGCGCAUCCGCCGGCACCGCUUCUCCAUCAACGGGCACUUCUACAACCACAAGACAUCCGUGUUCACGCCGGCGUACGGCUCCAUCACCAAUGUCCGCAUUAACAGCACGAUGACGACCCCUCAGGUCCUCAAACUGCUGCUCAAUAAGUUCAAGAUUGAGAACUCAGCGGAGGAGUUUGCUCUCUACAUUGUCCACACCAGUGGAGAGAAGCAGAAGCUGCGGGGCAGUGAUUACCCCCUGAUCGCCCGCAUCCUGCAGGGCCCCUGCGAGCAGGUCUCCAAGGUCUUCCUUAUGGAGAAGGACCAAGUGGAAGAAGUCACCUAUGACGUAGCUCAGUACAUCAAAUUCGAGAUGCCCAUCCUCAGGAGCUUCAUCCAGAAGCUGGAGGAAGAGGAGGAUCGCGAAGUGAAGAAGCUAAUGCGCAAGUACUCCAUCCUCCGGCUGAUGAUAGAGCAAAGGCUGGAGGAGAUAUCCGAAGGUCCAACAGCAAUGUGAAACGCUUCACCAGCUCCAGGUUGCAUUGCACCAAGAGCCAUUUGCCUGCAGGAUGCACUGUACCAAACCCCAACCCCACAUCAUUCCCGGAGCGCUCCCAGUGUCCUCCCGGAUCACUCCGGCUCUGAGCCAACCCAUCCUUCAUCUGCGCAGCAUCCUUUGGGUUUUCCUUGUCUCCCAAUGGGAGUUUUCCCAGCAAGGCUCUGGGCAUCUUCAGCCAAAACCUCAAAUCCCUGGAAAUCCAUGAGCAGGAUGAAGCCACUGAGGAUGGGGACAAGCAAUUCCAGGCUCUGUUGGAGGAUCCUGGCUUCAGCAGUGCCCGUAUGGGGCUCCCUGCAUAGAACCCACCCCUUGGUGGCAAGAGCACAAACAAUUCCUCUUUUCCCACCUGGAAAAGCACAUUCCUAUGGCAAUAAUCCGCAGGUGACAGGAAGCUUUUGUAAAUGGAGUGGAUUUUAACACUUUUGCUGCCCAAAACGAACCUGGGGACUGAGGGUUGGAGUUACAGCAAAAGAGUAAAAUCCCCUUUUGUUCCCAGCACAUCCCCUUAACCUGCAUCUGGUCUCAUAACCCCCAUCCUGAUCCUUUCUAAUUUGCACUAAUGUUAGGGAAGGAAAAGCAAACCACGAUGUCAAACCUCUCUGGUAGCUGCAACAUGCCAAAUUAUGCUUGGGGGAAUAGGGGGUGGUGAGGAGCAUCUCCCAAAGGAUGCUCUAUGGGAAGCAGGAGGGAUGGCAAGAGGAGGAGAGGCAGAAAUAAAGGGGUUUAUUCUCCACGUGGGUUUUGCAGCACAUUGUCCUGGGCUCAGCGGGACCAGGAUUGGGUCUGUUACCCCCAUCCCACCUGGAAAACCCUCUUUCCUCCCAGGCUAAACCAGCAAUAUCCAUUUGAUACCUCGAUAUGAACUAAAACUAGCGACUUUCUCCUUC